AUGUCUGGAUCUGAAACGGAAGUAGCAGCAGGUCAGAGGUACCGGGUGGGUUAUGCUCUCCAACCCAACGAAAUGGAAAGCUUCAUCCAACCCUCCCUCCUCGAUUACGCCAAACAACGAGCCAUCGAUCUUAUCCAAAUCGACUUCUCCACACCCUUACAAAAACAAGGUCCCUUCCACUGCAUCAUCCACAAAAUCCGCACCCAACGCUGGAAAAACCACCUCCAUAAAUUCGUAGUCGCACACCCAAACACCAGAAUCAUCGACCCCCCCAAGUUCAUUUAUCGCCUCGAGGAUCGUUAUAAAAGGGUCCCGCAAACGGUGAUCAAGGACUUAGAAAAUCUCGGUAAUGACACCGUUCGUACUGCCGACCAAGCAUUUAUAGUAAGACCCCACAAUCUCGACCAUAUCGAAGAAUGGAACUUCACAUUCCCCAUAAUCGCAAAACCGUACGAAGCUGACGGCGGCGCUGGCUCUCACGAGAUGUGCCUGGUUUUCGACUACGACGGAAUCAGGACGCUGAGCCUUCCCCGGGUGCUGGAAGAAUUCGUCAAUCAUGGUGGGGUUGUGUUCAAGAUUUAUGUUGCUGGGCGGCGCGUGAAUUGCGUGAAGUGCAAAACUUUGGGUGAUAUACCCGAAGAGGGGCUGGGACCGUUAAAAGGGGUUCUGCCAUUAUCUAGUGUAUUGAACUCGGGCGAAGAUCAGGAUGACGCCGUCGAGAAAGCUGAAAUGCCGCCGCAGAGUUUGGUGGAUGAGUUAUCGAACUCGGUAAGGGAGGUCACGAGACUUAACGUUUUCAAGGUUAAUCUGAUGAGAGAUGUUAAGGAACCGACAAGGUAUGUUCUUAUUGAUAUCAAAUACUUUCCCGCGUAUGCAAAAAUGCCCUCUUAUGAGCCGUUUAUCACUGAUUUUUUGUUCGAUGUUGUGACCACCGAGCCUGAGGAGCCCGAGUAUGACAAAUAUACGACUUUGAACAUAAUUCCGUCUCCAUAA